GGGAAUGUGGGACACAAUUAGUAAAAAAUUGCAAAACCAAAUAAAAAUGAGAUUAAUUGUAAUUUAAGCGAUAAAAACCCGCACCUGUUAUACUCUAAAAGGCGUUCGUGAAAUUAUGUAUGCUCAUGGACUUCAGAACCUUUCAACAUGAAGGUGCUCCUAGUAUUUGCUUUGACCCUGGUCAUCGUCUCGCUGGUUUCAACGGCAUCGUUUCUUCAGGAACAAGCCGAGAAUGUUGGCAUUAUCAACGGACAUGACGCUUCGCCCGGUCAGUUUCCCUAUCAAGUAAAACUAUCUAUCAAGGAAGGCAAAAAAUAUUUCCAAUGCAGUGGUUCGUUGAUUAGCCACAAUUGGGUCCUGACUGCCGCCCACUGCACGAACGGUUCCGAUUCUGUCGAAGUGUUCUUGGGAGGCAUUGAAAGUUCUGAUUUCCGGGCGAAUUUCUCAAUCAAACCAAAAUACAUAAUCAUUCACGAAGAUUGGGAUAGGGAUGAUUUAAACGACAUCUCACUUAUCAGGAUUCCAUACAUUAAAUACUCAGAAUACAUUAAACCUGUCAAUCUACCGAAAAUUCAGCGAUACUAUAAGACUUACGUUGGUUUUAAGGCUAUUGCUACCGGCUGGGGAGUUACAUCGAUUGCUUCUAACUCAAGCUCCGAAAUACUUCAGUACGGUACAGUAAAGAUCGUUAACAACAAAAAAUGCAACGAUACUUUUGACAACAUUACGUCUUCCCAAAUGUGCACUUUCGCCUCGAAAAUAUCUCUUUGCUUCGGCGACUCCGGUGGCCCAUUGGUGAUAUUGCCCAGCAAGGUCCAGGUCGGAAUAACGUCCUUCAACGUUGUAGGUUGCUUAAGCCCCAAUGUCUUCACCCGCGUAACUAGUUUCCUCAAAUGGAUCAAGCGCCAUACCGGUCUGCCGUUGUAAUCUGAUAACAAAUCAAAAUGUUCAAAUUAGUAUA